GCACAUUAGCCUAAUUCCGACAAAGCAGUAAGUUUAUAUGUGUCCAAAAGAUCAGCAAACCAUUGAACUCUCUCUUUCCCUGCCAACUUUGUACGUAACCCAACAUAAAUCCAUCCAUGAGAAAAGCAGAUUAAAUUAAUCAUCCAUCAAUCAACCCUCUUUUUUUUUUGUUUAAACAAAAAUCAGUUUAGCAGUUUUAUCACGAUGUCCCGUGUUCCUUCCGCUCUUAACCCCACCGAGGAGGAUAUCCAACUCCUUUUGAGUGCUCAAUGUCACAUUGGUACCAAGAACGCCAACACCCGUAUGGCCCCUUAUAUCCACAAGCGUCGUGCUGAUGGUAUCAACUUGAUCAACAUUGGUAAGACCUGGGAAAAGCUCAUCCUUGCUGCCCGUGUCAUUGCUGCCAUUGAGAACCCCCAAGACAUCGUUGUUGUCUCUGCUCGUCCUUAUGGUCAUCGUGCUGCCCUUAAGUUCGCCAAGUACAUUGGUGCUGAAGCCAUUGUCGGUCGUUUCACUCCCGGUACCUUCACCAAUUACAUCACCCGUUCUUUCCGUGAACCCCGUUUGGUUAUCUGUACCGAUCCUCGUUCCGAUUUCCAAGCUGUCAUCGAAGCUUCUUAUGUCAACAUCCCUGUCAUCUCUCUUGCUGAUACCGAUGCUUCUCUCAAGUACAUUGAUGUUGCUAUCCCCACUAACAACAAGGCCAAGCACGCUAUUGGUUUGAUCUACUGGCUUUUGGCCCGUGCCGUCCUCCGUCUCCGUGGUUCUUUGGACUAUGAGACCGCUUGGGACGUCAUGGUUGAUAUGUUCUUCUACCGUGAUCCUGAGGAUAUCGAGAAGGAGAAUGCUGAAGAUGCUGAAGAGGGUGACUUUGCUGCCACCGCUGAGGCUGCCACUGGUGAGUGGGCUGUUGAAGGUGAGGCCUCUGAAGGUGUUGCCGGUAUUGCCGCUGCUGCUGACUGGUCUGCUUCUCGCACCACCGAUUGGGCUGAUGAGACCGAAGCUCCCGCUACCUCUUCUUGGGAAGCUUAAAUUAUAUAGUAUUUCUCUAACCCUAGACACUAUAUAAUAGACUUCUAAUUUAAUAAAAAAAUAAAAAGUAUUUAUUAAUAUUACAACCUUAAAUGAUGUUACGAUGUCACGGGUUGCU